AUGGGGCUGGUUCUCGCCGCCUCCUGCACAGCAGAGCUUGGAUCCUGCCAGAGGUCAUCAAGCACAGCAAGCACAGAGUUUUUACCGCUUUCGGCCGAGCAGCUGCAACUUUGGCUGGGCCUUCCUGGACAGCCGAGUCUCCGCCUGGAGCCUGUAGCAGAGAUCCUGGCGUCAACGGGAGAAGGAGGGAACUAUGGAGACAUUGUGCGAGUGCACAUGGCUCUCGAUGAUGCACCUCUUCCUAGCAUCAUCGCCAAACAGAUCCGGCCCAAAGCAGGCCUUGAGGUUGGGGACAUGCUGAAGCUCACAGAGCACACUCGCUUCAUGCACGGCUUCAAGAUUGAGGCCGCUGCAUACAAGAACCUCUCCGAGGAGCUUCUUGCAGUCGACCUUGCAGUUCCCCGUGUUUUGCAUGUCGAGGAGGUUGAGCUGGGCGACCCCUUCGUGAUAUUGCUGGAGGAUCUUUCUUUGCGCUUCCCACGGGGUGCCGGAGCAGCAGUUCGCCACUUCCGCGGCGCCGAAACACUGGCAGCCCUGAGGUGGCUUGCAGGCUUCCAUGCGCUUUUCUGGGAGAAGCCUUUCGCUGAGCAGCGUGGGCUCUGGCAGCAAGGCAGCUACUGGAUCCUGGACAAGCUUGGGCAGCUUCAACUCGAAGCUUUGCCUGCUGACUUCAGCAACCGCUACCUCACGGCUCAGGAGACGCAGAGGCCGGCAAAGAUCCGGAACACCCUGGAAAGACGGACUCCCGCUUUCGCACACUGGUGCAUGGCGAUGCGAAGCCUGAGAACAUGCUUUGCAGCGAGGGCCUGGCGCCUCGCUGCGCAGCUUUGGACUUCGGCUGGGUCGGCGAAGGCUCACGGCACAAAAGCUUUGCCCACUUCCUUUGCGAUGGCAGGUUAUGGUGUGCGUGAUGUGGCAUACUUGCUUUGGGACCAGAUAGCAACAAACGUGGUUGAGGACGGUCCCUCCAACAAGGCAGUCACGCGAGCGCGGUGA